GUCCGCUAUAGGGGAACCCCCCACCUCGCACAGGUACGGCUUCUACACCUCGAGCUGUUGCUUGGCAACCAGCAAAUCACGGCAGCAAAAGAACUAGUGGAAGACAUCAUAACUGCGGACAACACGGGGGAGCCCCUGGACGUGAGUUCUCGUAAACAAUUCCACGUCCAGUUCUGGGACCGAGCGGCCACUGCAUACGAGAGGUCAGAGUUCGCGGAGGCCCUG